GAUAAAAUUGGAUACUCAUUGCUUUACUUUGCUCCAAAAAAACGCACAAAUGUUGAAUGGAGAUUUUAUCUCAUUUGCGUAUUUAUUGUCAACAGCUUUCCGGUAUACAAUAACGUUACAUGUCCACAUAGCAAUGUAUACAGCUGAACAGAUCCCUGCACUGCAAUUUCAUUCGAAGACGUGUUCACAAUCAUGGUUUCGUUGACAAUUAGGUGUAUAGCGUAUUCUCUAUAACUUAAUGCGGAUGACAAAUGGAUGAUGGUUUAAAUGGAUUCAGGUUCAAACAAACAGUGGACUGUUAAAUGUCAACAUGGUUCAAAGGACAGUGAUGGGGCAGAAUAGUGUUUGUGUGUGUAGUUUUCACUUCACUUCACAGUAAAAAAUGGACAUAAAAAUGUGUUGUUAUUGUGAUUAAAUGAAAUAGUUCCUUGACUAAUAAUUAAAAACAUUGGCCAAUUGUUUGUUAACUUACAGUUUCUGGAUACACGGAUUACGCAUUAUUGACCAUUUACGUCAUUUUGCUGCUGAUCUGCCGCGAAGUAAAGCUGUAGCAGUAAUGUAUUUAUAUUUCAUUUAUGUUAUUCCUUCGUAAGCAUAAACGUGUGUGUUUGUGUGUUUUUGUUGAGGAGACAUAGCAUACAAACAUCUGGCAUUGGCGUUCAACAGGCAUGGUUAAAUUGUGUCAAAAAAUCAUCACUACUUGAGUGUGUACAGGCCAAUCGUCUUAAACAACCAACUUCUCGAUGAUGCUUGUGUGUGACAAUCAUCUCAGAUAGUUACUGUUGAGAGAAACAACGCAAUCGAAACGCUGCGUCGUGAUGCUUAGCAACAGAUCGUGCGAUAUUUAAACCAAUCAGAAUCUCAGAAUCUCAGAAUAUUGUGACGUAAUCAAAAUGCCUCCUCCGAAUAGCCCGCCGUCACAGCAGACGUCUGCUCGACCGCUGCUCGGCGUAAAAGCCCGAAGCAUUCCGACUCCGGCUAAUCUAACCAAUACCACUCGCAAUGUACUACACUCACCAUUCGCAAGUGUGUCCGCGAACAUGGGCAACGGAGCGAGCGCUACAAAGAUUAUCAUAGAUGGGGAAACUUUAGAUCUAGUGAAAAUAAAACAAAUCAUACCGGAGCUUCGUAAGGAAUUAAAACAAAAGGAUGCGCAAAUACAGCAUUAUGAACAGGAAUUAUUUGAAAAGAAUAAACUUCUUGAAGAAAAGAUUGCCGAUGUAUCGAGACUUAAAGAGGAAGUACAUAAACUCAAAUCGGUGUUGCAAUUAAAGGUACACAAGGAUGGAAAACCGGAUAUCCUCGCUACUAUACAAGAGGAUGGUGGUACUCAGGGGCACGAAAGGGCCAAGAAACAGGGAGUCUCGGGCGAGAGCCCCAUGUCUGUUGGAGACGGCGAAAUUGAGAUUAAACACUUCGACAAAGACUUCAGAUCAAAACAGCUGAUUAAAGAUGCAAUUCUGGACAACGAUUUCCUCAAGAAGCUAGACUCUGCUCAGAUUCGUGAGGUGGUAGAGUGCAUGUACGAGAAACAGGUCAAGCAGGGACAUUUCAUCAUACGGGAAGGGGACCCGGGCCAGCACUUGUAUGUGGCCGCAGAGGGAGAAUUUGAAGUGCUCAAGGAGACUAAUGUACUUGGCAAGAUGGCUGCUGGGAGGGCGUUCGGUGAACUGGCAAUCCUGUACAACUGCACCCGCACUGCUUCAGUACGAGCGGUUACGGAUGUCAGAGUAUGGGUGCUGGACCGACGCAUUUUCCAGGCCAUUAUGAUGAAAACAGGAAUUCAAAGACAAGAAGAAAACAUUAAUUUUCUCAAAAGUGUGCCUUUGCUGCGAUCCUUGCCUGCUGAGAAGCUCUCCAAGCUUGCUGAUGUCCUGGAAGUGGAUUUCUUCCACGAAGGAGAGUAUAUCAUCCGAGAAGGAGCCACUGGGGACACAUUCUUCAUUCUCAACAAAGGCGAGGUCAAGGUCACUCAAACUAUUGCUGGCUUUGAUGAUCCUCAAGAAGUGCGCAAGCUCAAUCGGGGAGACUACUUUGGUGAAAAGUCAUUGCUGAGUGAAGACAGAAGGACUGCUAAUGUGAUUGCGCUGCCUCCUGGGGUGGAAUGCCUCACUGUGGAUAGGAAUUCCUUCAAUAAGCUCAUUGGGACACUCAGUGAGCUGCGGGAGAAGGAUUAUGGGGAUGCUGAACGUGGAGUCCAGAGAACAAGUACGGGUGCGCCUGCUGAUGGCAUGGUAUCGCCAACUGUGGAGCGUAUCGACCCAGAAUACCAGUUCAUACGUCUUGAAGACAUGGAGAUUGUUGCCACUCUUGGAAUGGGAGGCUUUGGCAGGGUAGAACUGGUGCAGCUGGCAGCGGACCGUGGCAAGACAUUUGCACUGAAGUGCCUCAAGAAGAAACACAUUGUGGAGACGAGACAGCAGGAACACAUCUACUCGGAGAAGAAGAUCAUGAUGGAAUGCCAUUCUCCAUUCAUCACCAGGUUGUUCAAGACCUUCAAGGACCGCAAGUUUGUGUACAUGAUGUUGGAGGUGUGCCUGGGGGGUGAGGUGUGGACAAUUCUCCGAGACCAUGGCUGCUUCGACGAGACCACCUCGCGAUUUGUGGUUGCCUGUGUUCUAGAGGCAUUCCAGUACCUUCAUUCUAAGGGCAUCAUUUACAGAGAUCUGAAACCAGAGAAUCUGCUUCUUGAUAAUAAGGGAUAUAUUAAACUGGUUGACUUUGGUUUUGCCAAGAAGAUUGGUUUUGGCCGCAAGACUUGGACGUUCUGUGGUACACCAGAGUAUGUGGCCCCAGAGAUUAUUCUGAACAAAGGUCACGACUACGCGGCGGACUACUGGUCUCUAGGAAUACUCAUGUUUGAAUUGCUCACUGGGAGCCCACCGUUUUCUGGUUCUGAUCCCAUGAGGACGUACAACAUCAUCUUGAAGGGUAUCGAUGUCAUCGAAUUUCCGAAGAAAAUUUCACGCAAUGCUCAUGUGCUCAUUAAGAAGCUGUGCCGAGACAACCCAACUGAACGUCUGGGAUACGGCAAGAACGGGAUAAUAGAUAUUAAGAAAAACAAAUGGUUCCAAGGCUUUGACUGGACUGGACUUGCAAACAGAGCUAUGGUUCCACCUCUUGUACCAAAGGUUAAAGGCCCAGCGGACUACAGUAACUUUGACCACUAUCCAAAGUCUUUGGAAGUGCCACCUGACGAGCUUUCUGGCUGGGAUGCGGACUUCUGAAAAUCUUGACAGUGUGCUGCAGUCUGUGAUAUGGUGUUAGUGGUGAAGCCUGUUGGCUCAUGUUGCCUGAAACUGGACAUCAGUGCUGCUAAGGAAGAAUUGGGUUACUUAGCAAAAGCCAUGAAUAGAAACAACACAUUGGCUGAAGUUUAUUUUUAUGUGAAAAGACAGAACAUUCCAGAUUUAAUUCAAGACAUACUAGUUUUUUAAUUAAAUCACAAAUGAUCAGGAAAACAGUGAAAAAUGCUGCCUUGGCAAAGACAUUAUUCAAAUUUAGUGGUGUAUUUGUUUUAUGUGUUUUAUAUGUACCGGCAGUUAGUCAACAACAUCACAUGUUUUGGUAACAAGGCAAUCAAGUCACAUGCACUGGUAACUAGAGAUCCAAAGCAUAUGCACUCGUAACUAGACAACCAAAUCUUAUGAUCUGGUAACUUGGCAACCAAAUCACAUGUACCGGUGACAAGGCAACCAAUUCACAUGUGCUGGUAUCAAAGCAAUCAAAUCACAUGUACUGGUAACUAGGCAACCAAUUCACAAGUUUGCUUAGCCAGGAAUAGGGAACAGGUAACCUGGACUGUUUAACUUGGAGACUUUGAGGCAGCCUUAGCUGGGAAUGUAUUCUUCAUGGUUGCAUCUCCACCAACUGCCUUGAGAAUUUUAUUUCACUUAAUAACGCAAUUCAUUACAACUAUUCUGAAGGACAGUUGUAUUCAUGAGUAAAUAUUAAGAAAUAUAGAUACGUGUUUGUUUGAUACUGUUUAUAAUUAACAUACAUAUAUAAGUUCUGAUUAUAUUAAACUUGUUUUUGUGGAAAAUCAUUAUUUUGUGUUAAGAUUUACCAUUGGCUAUCUUUUUGUUAAGUUUGUUAAAAUGUGUAUGAUAUAUAUACAUGUUUGCAUGGAUGAUAUAUUUGUACAUGUGCAUUCCAGAAUACAGCAUUGUAAUUUGCCGAUUCUGUAUACUUGUUACAACAUUGGAAUAUUUGCAAUACUUUUGUUGUUUAACAAGACUUUUUUCUGUCUUGAUUCUUGUUUUUUUUAAUUGAAGAUUUCAACUUUUUAAAAUAAUAAUUCAGUUUGUUUAUUUCAUUAAUUUAUUAAGACACAUAGAAAACAUAAUAAAAUGUAAGAAAUUAAUUUUAAUUUGGAAUUUAGUUGUUGUUUAUGUUAAAGUUGUAAUUUUCAUCAACGCAUCAAUUGUCAUAGUCCAUAUGCCAAAAUAUCAUAAAAUGAAGCCAAAAUACAUUGCAAAAUAACAAACAUGUCAGCUAUAUGCAAAAUGCAUGAUGUUGAAAAAGACUACCUUUCUUUUUAGUAAUCUUUAUAUGAAGAAAUCUAGUGUACUUUGUAUGUGCAUUUUCUCAAAAUAAUGGUAAUAGUUAUUUAUUUUUUUGAACUUCUAUAAAAUCCUGAAGAAGAUUGAUUUAGAAUUUUGCAUUGUGUCGCAUUUAAUGUAUACUAACUAAUUAUUAUGUGUACUUGCCCUAGAACUCGUGUAUUGAUAGGACAGCGUUAUUUUCAAUAAUGAAAGAAGUAUCCAUUUUAUGCUUUCCAGUGGUUUAUAUAGAAAUAUCAGUCAAAUCAAACUUAUAAUUCACUGUUUCAAACAGUGAAAAUAACAGUGAAAAUUAUUGAUAAUUUUCACUGUUUUACAGUGAAAUGACUACAUUUUUUGACGAAAUGAUGUCAAUAUUGCAGCAAAUUUCUCUAGUUAAACUAUCUUACAAUGUAAAUAAAGAGAAAAUGUGAGAAAAGCAUCAAAUAAAAAGAAAAUUGGUUGGAUUCUAUGGAAUAUCAAUUUUAAUUCACUCGUGAUCAUAGAAAAAAUGUUUUAUUAUUUAAAUAUUAUUUUCUAUGAUCACUUGUGAAUUAAAAUCGAUAUUCCACCAAAUCCAACAAAUAUCUUUCAUGUUAUUGCUUGAUCUCUGUUUGUAAAACAUUAAUUAACAAUUCAAAGUAAUUGAGCCUCGUUCUUCACAUUUGUGUAGUGUGGUCCCAGAUUAGCCGGGGCCCGUAUUCACCAAACAAUUCUUAGACUUAAGUCUAAGAAUAAAGAAUAUUCUUUAAAUUGAUAUAUUCAAUAAUUACUUGAAUUUUGAGUAAAACUUGUUAUUAACCACCUCUAUCUGUGGCAUUCUUCAUGUAGAACAGUUUGUUAAUGACACAAGUAUCAGUGGAGGCCUCUAUAUAUUCAAACAAUGAAUGCAUUUUUCUUGGUUCCAAGUCUUUACUUUAUUCUCAAGUCUAAGAAUGGGUUGGUGAAUACGGGCCCUGUACAGACCACACAGGAUAAUCAGGAAGAGUAUUCGCGCCCUAUACUGAAUUCUUAUUUAGAAGAGACUUAGUUUAAAAGCAAAAUUCCAAAUGUGAAGAAAGUGUUGUCCGUGAUCAGCCUAUGCGGACUGCUCAUGCAUUAUAAUAAAGCCCCCUUUCCUUAGAGUAAGGCUCAAGUGAAUUUUAACCCUUUACAUGCUGGGAAAUUUGUUGUCUGCUAAAAUGUCGUCUGCUGAAUUUCUAAAAUGAGCAUUUUCUUUGAUUUUUUUCAAAGAAUACUAUCAGAAUAGCAAACAGUUUGGAUCCGGAUGAGACGCCACGUUUUGUGGCGUCUCAUCUGGAUCCAAACUGUUUGCAAAGGCCUUCAAAAUUCGGUUCCAGCACUGAAAGGGUUAAGGCAAUGGGCAUAAGUAUCUGUAGCCAAGGAAUAAUCCAAUAUAUCUGUAGUUAAUUAUGAUAAACAAGUAGUAUUUGUUCUAUACAUGUGCAUACAUGGUGGUUAAACUGUUAUCCAUUUCAUUUCUCUGUCUAGCAAAGGUAAGCAGAUACUACCUCAGUAGUUGACACUAAUACUAGUCAAAUAUUCAUAGCUAGUCUAUCCAUUAUAUUUAAUUAGAAACAUUUCUAAUGGAUACCUUAUUUCUGUUUUUACAUGCUUUAAAAAUCAUGUAUGGUAACCUUUGCAUUGAACAGAGGUCUUAUGUACAGUAUUUAUGUUGUUGUACUCAUUUGUGUUAUUUUGUUUGAAUGUACAACCAUUCCUUGAUUUUUGUUGAAAAUAUAGUAAAAACAAACUCAAGGUUUACAAUUAUAAUCAAGUCAUAUAAAGCUUUUGAUAGCUUCUUUAGAACAAAACAUAAUUUUUUACAAUACAUAUAUGAUAACAUCAUUACACAACAUCAAAUUAUAAAAACAUAAAAUAUGCAAUACAAGUACGUAAAGUCAUCUAAGCUAGGAAAAACAUGCACUUCAUAUUAUUUCAUGAUUUUUUACAAAAGCAGGAAAACGGAAGAACUAAGGAUUUAAAUAAAAUGUCCAUUAGUUUACUAGUUAAAUAAAGAUCGUUUGUUAUUCUACGGACUGAAUUCAUGGAAUCUUGUUCUACAACUGUCUCAACAAAUAGAUUAUAUCACCAUUAGUUGUUGUGUUUCCAAGUAUUGAUUGAUUGUUUACACAAACUAUUCUUUGUUUUCAAAUUAUGUAGUUCAAGAUUGUAAUUUAAAAUGGUAUUGUUAUGAAUGUUUUACCCAUGUUUUGUAAGCAAAUGAUAUAGAAUCAUUUAUUAUUUCAUAUAUGUGUAUAUUCUGUAUCCAGUUCUGCUAUUUGGAUACUUUAAUUUGUUAACAUUUCGUUAUUGGAUAGCUUAGUAUAAUGUUAUGAUUUAGAUCUUAAUUGUUACUCUCUUGUUAUGUUCUAUUUUUAUAUUAUAUUGGAUGAAUAUUGCACAGGGGUCAUUUUUAAGAAAAACAGAAAUAUAAGACAGUUUAAAAUA